AUGUCUUCAGACGAGACGAGUGAAAACACCCCUGCCUCUCCUAGGGAGGAGGACCAGAUCAAUGAGUUGUACUGGCCGGUUCUUCGGAAAAUUCUUGAAAAGGAUCCCUCAGGGAUGGAUCGGUUGAACUUAGAAUGCAUGAUCUGCAAUUUGCCCAUGUCAAUCAAGGCCGACAAAAAUGGUGAAAACAAAAAUGGAUUUGGCCAUAGAGCAUUGAUUCUUCCCUGUGGCCACCUAGUCGGCACCAGCUGCAUGCACGAGUUCAAUGUGUACCGUCUACAGAAUGGCCUUCAUUUCACCUGCCCUCUCCAUUGCGAGCCGCUCCAUCACCCAGAGUGCGGAUGCUUCCUCUUUUGCUGGCACAUGCCCGACAAGGUGGAAGAUUUUGACGGCAAGCCGUUCUGCAGGGCCGAAGGUAUGCCAGUGACUCCUAAAUGCGGUUCAUGCACCUUGAAGGAUGUGGGACGGUGCUUGACAACCCUCACUAGUAUCUUUGAGCCCAAGUUUUUUGGGGAGCUGAUAUCAUUUCAAGUCGUCUAUCAGGUCCAAGUCCUAGAUUUCAUCUGGGGAAGGCUGGCGGGUGACGAGCGCAAGUGUGUCGCGAUAGACAUACCGGAUUCCAUGCACGAUCUCUGCCGAAGUAUAGAGGCCAAGCUAGUCGCUCUCUGCAACCUUCCUGGACAAACCGUGAAAGAUGGCGAUGUGAAGAUUCGCUUGUUUAGGUACAGCGGCCCUCUGGCCAUGGAUAGGCGACUUAGCAUGUGA